UCCGGGACUGCGGGGAGCCGGGGGAAGGCGGUGGCGGUGCGGACACCAUGGCUCGUGUGCUGAGCCGGGACCCAGUGGACAUUGAGAACAUUCUGGCUUUAAAUCCCCGAAAACAGACCCAUGCAGCUCUUCAUUCAACUGCAGCAAAGAAACAAGUUAAGAAGCAAUGGAAAAGGAAUUCUGACAAAAGCUGUUCAGACUGUGAGAAACUAGAAAAUAAUUUUGACGACAUCAAGCACACGACUCUUAGCGAGCGCGGAGCACUUCGAGAAGCAAUGAGGUGCUUGAAGUGUGCCGAUGCUCCCUGUCAGAAGAGCUGCCCAACGAAUCUGGACAUCAAGUCAUUCAUCACCAGUAUUGCAAACAAGAACUACUAUGGAGCUGCCAAAAUGAUCCUCUCUGACAACCCGCUCGGCCUGACCUGCGGCAUGGUGUGUCCCACAUCAGACCUCUGUGUUGGUGGCUGCAAUUUGUAUGCCACUGAGGAGGGACCAAUUAAUAUUGGUGGAUUGCAGCAGUUUGCUACUGAGGUGUUCAAAGCAAUGAAUAUUCCUCAGAUUAGAAACCCUUCCUUACCUCCCCUAGAGGAUAUGCCUGAAGUGUAUCGUGUGAAGAUAGCUCUUCUGGGUGCCGGACCUGCAAGCUUGAGUUGCGCUUCCUUCUUGGCUCGGUUGGGCUACUCGAACAUCACCAUACUGGAGAAACAGGAGUACUUUGGUGGCUUGAGUACGUCUGAAAUCCCCCAGUUCCGCUUGCCGUAUGAUGUGGUGCAGUUUGAAGCCGAGCUGCUGAAGGAUCUUGGAGUGAAGAUAAUUUUUAAUAAAGGCCUUGCCAUAGAUGGAAUGACUCUCAGUACCUUGAAAGAUGAUGGCUAUGAGGCGGUCUUCAUUGGAAUAGGUCUGCCAGAACCAAACAGAGACAGUAUAUUCCAAGGACUGAGAAUGGAUCAAGGAUUCUACACAUCUAAAGACUUCCUACCUUUGGUAGCAAUGGCAAGUAAACCAGGGAUGUGUGCCUGCCACUCUCCAUUGCCAUCAGUACGUGGAACUGUGAUUGUGCUGGGUGCAGGAGACACUGCUUUCGACUGUGCCACCUCUGCUCUGCGCUGCGGGGCCCGGCGCGUCUUCGUGGUCUUCAGGAAGGGAUUCACUAACAUCAGGGCUGUCCCAGAAGAGAUGGAACUUGCAAAAGAAGAGAAAUGUGAAUUUCUGCCUUUCCUUUCCCCUCGGAAAGUUGUGCUCAGAGGUGGCCACAUUGUUGCUAUGGAGUUUGUUCGAACUGAGCAAGACAGUGAUGGAAGCUGGAAGGAAGAUGAAGAUCAGGUCGUCCGUCUGAAAGCUGACGUGGUGAUCAGUGCCUUUGGCUCCAUCUUAGGUGACAACAAAGUCAGAGAGGCCAUGGCACCUAUCAAGUUUAACAGAUGGGGUCUGCCUGAAAUAGAUCCGGAGACAAUGCAAACAAGCGAACCCUGGGUGUUUGCAGGUGGCGACAUCGGAGGGCUUGCGAACACCACGGUGGAGUCAGUAAAUGAUGGCAAACAAGCUUCCUGGCACAUGCACAGAUACAUACAGUCCUUGCAUGGCAUUGAAGUUCCCACUGUUCCAGAGCUACCACUCUUCUAUACUCCCAUUGAUUUAGUAGACAUCAGCGUAGAAAUGGCUGGCCUGAAGUUUCCCAACCCUUUUGGCCUUGCCAGUGCUACCCCUGCUACUAGCUCCUCCAUGAUCCGAAGAGCAUUUGAAGCUGGAUGGGGCUUUGCUGUCACAAAAACCUUCUCCCUGGAUAAGGAUAUUGUGACCAAUGUUUCUCCGAGGAUUGUGCGUGGAAUCACCUCAGGGCCUAUGUAUGGCCCAGGCCAAGGCUCUUUUCUGAACAUCGAACUGAUCAGCGAGAAGACAGCAGCAUAUUGGUGUAAAAGCAUUGCUGAACUGAAGGCUGACUUCCCAGACCAUGUUCUGAUUGCCAGCAUCAUGUGCACCUAUAACCGGGAGGACUGGGCUGAACUGGCGAAAAUGGCUGAGGUUGCUGGUGCAGAUGCGCUGGAGUUAAACUUAUCGUGUCCUCAUGGUAUGGGGGAGAGAGGCAUGGGCCUGGCCUGUGGGCAGGAUCCAGAGCUGGUGAGAAACAUCUGCCGCUGGGUUCGACAGGCUGUUGGGAUUCCUUUCUUUGCCAAGCUGACCCCAAACGUCACCGACAUUGUGAAUAUUGCAGUGGCUGCAAAGGAAGGUGGCGCAGAUGGUGUUACAGCUACCAACACUGUGUCAGGACUGAUGGGACUGAAAGCAGACAGCACACCUUGGCCAGCAGUUGGUGGAGGACUGAGGACCACAUAUGGUGGCGUGUCAGGAAAUGCCAUCCGUCCCAUUGCCCUGCGGGCAGUGUCUGCCAUCGCCCGUGCCCUGCCUGGCUUCCCCAUCCUGGCAACCGGAGGCAUCGAUUCUGCUGAGAGCGGGCUCCAGUUUCUGCACUGCGGAGCUUCUGUUUUGCAGGUGUGCAGUGCAAUCCAGAAUCAAGAUUUCACUGUCAUUGAUGACUACUGCACGGGACUGCAAGCUCUUCUUUACCUGAAAAGCAUUGAGGAACUUGAGGACUGGAACGGACAGAGUCCUGCCACCAUGCGCCAUCAGAAAGGAAAACCAGUGCCUAGGAUUGCUGAUCUGAUAGGCAAGAAACUCCCCAGCUUUGGGCCUUACCUGGAAGAACGCAAAAAGAUAAUAGCUGAGAACAAGAUGAAACUGAAGGAGCAGAGGGUGGCUGCUGUGCUUCCUGAGAAAAAGCAUUUCGUUCCCAAGAAGCCCAUUCCAGCAAUCAAGGAUGUAAUUGGAAAAGCACUGCAGUAUAUUGGAACAUAUGGUGAGCUCUGCAACACGGAGCAAGUUGUGGCUCUGAUUGAUGAGGAAAUGUGCAUCAACUGUGGCAAAUGUUACAUGACCUGUAAUGAUUCCGGCUACCAGGCUAUCCAGUUCGAUGGCGAGACGCACCUGCCGGUGGUUACGGACAGCUGCACAGGCUGCACCCUGUGCCUCAGCGUCUGCCCCAUCAUCGACUGCAUCCGCAUGGUGUCCCGCACCACACCCUACGAGCCAAGGCGCGGGCUGCCCCUCGCCCUCCGUCCCGCCAGCUGAGUCCGUCCCCGACGGCCCACAGCAGCCGCACGCCGCUUCCAUGCCACUGAUUGGC